AUGGAUGAGAAGCCUUCCACCAGGAAAGUUCCUGAAUUCUGUUCAUUACGCUAUGGACUGGCUCUCAUCAUGCACUUCUCAAACUUUACCGUGAUAACCCAGCGUGUGAGUCUGAGCAUUGCAAUCAUUGCCAUGGUGAAUAGCACUCAGCAGCCUGGUUUAUUCAAUGCCACCACAGAAAGACCUCUUGCAUUCACCCUCAAUCACUCCAACAGAUCCACCAAGGAAUUUAAUUCGGGAGCCUCUGUAUAUGAAUGGAGCCCAGAGACUCAGGGUGUCAUCUUUAGCUCCAUCAGCUAUGGGAUAAUACUGACUCUCAUCCCAAGUGGCUAUUUAGCAGGGAUAUUUGGAGCAAAGCAGAUGCUUGGUGCUGGUUUGCUGAUCUCCUCCCUUCUCACCCUCUUUACACCACUGGCUGCUGACUUUGGAGUGAUUCUGGUUAUUGUGAUUCGGACAGUCCAGGGCAUGGCCCAGGGAAUGGCAUGGACAGGUCAGUUUACAAUUUGGGCAAAAUGGGCUCCCCCACUUGAACGAAGCAAGCUCACCAGCAUUGCGGGGUCAGGGGCAGCGUUUGGGUCCUUCAUCAUCCUCUGUGUGGGGGGACUAAUCUCACAGACUUUGGGCUGGCCUUUUAUCUUCUACAUCUUUGGUAGCACUGGCUGUGUCUGCUGUCUCCUGUGGUUCAUGGUGAUUUAUGAUGACCCCAUGCAUCACCCAUGCAUAAGCGUCAGGGAAAAGGACCACAUCGUGUCUUCACUGGCUCAACAGUCCAAUUCUCCUAGACGAUGUGUCCCCAUAAAGGCUAUGGUCAGAUGCCUACCACUUUGGGCCAUUUUCACGGGUUUUUUCAGCCAUUUCUGGUUAUGCACCAUAAUCAUAACUUACCUACCAACGUACAUCAGUUCUGUGCUCCAUGUCAACGUCAGAGAUAGUGGUGUUCUGUCCUCCCUGCCUUUUAUUGCUGCCUCAAGUUGUACGAUUCUAGGAGGUCAGUUGGCAGAUUUCCUCCUGUCCAGGAAUCUUCUCAGAUUAAUCACCGUCCGAAAACUCUUUUCGUCCCUAGGGCUCCUCCUUCCAUCACUGUGUGCUGUCGCCCUGCCUUUUGUGGCUUCCAGUUACACAAUAACUAUUAUUUUGCUGAUACUUAUUCCUGGGACCAGCAAUCUGUGUGAUUCAGGAUUCAUCAUCAACACCUUAGAUGUCGCUCCCCGGUAUGCAAGUUUCCUCAUGGGAAUCUCAAGGGGAUUUGGGCUCAUCGCAGGAAUCAUCUCUUCCACUACCACCGGAUUCCUUAUCAGUCAGGAUUCUGUGUCUGGAUGGAGGAAUGUCUUUUUCCUUGCUGCUGCUGUCAACAUGUUUGGCCUGGUUUUUUACCUUACAUUUGGACAAGCAGAAAUCCAGCCCUGGGCCAAAGAGAGGACUCUUACCCGUCUCUGA